AUGGGAAGAAAACGGGCGAUACAGAGAGCCCAUAUUCAAGCGUUAAUGAACAUAAAGCCAGUAUACAACGAGCGAGAUGUGCGUCGACUACGGGAAUUGUACCAUGCCUGUGAGACAAACUGCCGAGGUCUGAAAACCCUGGGAGUGGACGAAAGUUCGUAUGCCACGAUUGUUGUUCCGGAAAUACUCGACAAGCUGCCGGAAUCCCUUCGUUUGACGAUAACUCGAGGGACAAGUGGAUCAGACUUUCUAAGUUGGACGUUGAAGGAUAUUUUAAAAGCACUGCUAGAUGGAAAACGCGAAGCACACGAAUCAUCUACGACGAACACGUCAAAACAAGAACGAAGGAAACCACAGUUUCUAGAUGGAUCGGCGGCUGCUCUUGUGAAUCAUACCACCAGGGAAGGGAAGCCAAAAUGCGUAUAUUGUUUACAAGAACAUUUAUGACAAGAUUGUAAGAAAAUUCAGGAUGCUGCUGAGCGUAAACAGAUACUUCGUAAGUACGGACGGUGUUUUAUAUGUUUAAAAAGAGGACAUAUUAGUAGUAAUUGUUUAAAUACGAGUAAAUGUAGUGCAUGCAGUAAACGACAUCAUAGUUCUAUUUGUGACAGCCAUGCUAAUGGGUCUAUAACCGCUGACGUCGUUCAUUCCACACAUUCGUGCGUUGGGUCAGCAAAUAGAGUUGCAUUGCAGACAGCUCAGGCUUUGGUGAUGGGAGGAAAGGAGAAUGUGAGAGUGCGGGUUAUGUUUGACUCAGGAAGUCAACGGUCAUUCGUUACGGGCAAGGUAGCUCAGAAGGCAGGAGUGCCAGUAAAGAGGAGGGAAUGGGUAGAAAUUAGAACGUUCGGACAGGAGAAAGUUGAAGGGAAGUUGAGAGAAGUGUUUGAAUUGAGUGUAGCCCCAGUACAGGGGGAGAGAGUGUUAGCAUUGAAGUUUAUGGAGUAG